AUGGCUUCGUUGACUGAAUACCUCGAGGGAACCGUCAAGGUUCCCUUGUCACUCCUCACUUCAGACGGUUUUGCCGAGUGUCCGACAGGGUUUUCGGACCGCGCCACUGUCUCCGAUUUCAAGCAGUUCCUUCAUAACCCUGACCAGCCAAUUACCGGGAUUGUCACGCCGAAAACCUUGAAAGAUAUGCUACAAGCUCUACGUAAAACCUACGCUCAAUUCCGACAGACGCUUGGCCAAGAUGCCGAAUCUCUCCCUAAUAAUAUUUACAAGAUUGAUUGCCUCCUCGGGCAACAGUGUUUGGAUAAAGCAAAGGCCGCAUUAGGCGCCGAUUUCAAGUGCACCGUACGAAUAUACAGUAUUCCUCCAGACGUACCGGGCAAAUAUAGCGAAGGAGAGAUAUGCCGAAAUCUACUGCGCUGCUCAGAAUCAACAGACUCAAAUGCCUUCAACGUCUGGCUCGCGAGACUGCCUCCUGGAAAACAACGCCAUAUCGUUAUGCUAAUGCAUCGACACGAAAUAUGGGCAGCAAUGCAAGCGGUUGUUCCAUUCUCCGGUCAUUGGGGAGAAUCUAUACAGAUUGGAAAUAUAGCCAAACACCUAGCGGCUCAUUGCGAUGAUAUAAUCGUGCGAUACUGGCGUCAUAUUUAUACAGUAUGGUCUAAAAUAUUCUUUGGUCUAGAGAACAAGACGCAUCUCCUUGACCCAGAAAGUGUUCGCUUCCUUCAAUAUAAGGCUCCUGGUUGGAGUAAGACAGACCGAGAUGAUAUCAGUUUAGGACUGGAAGCCGGCACACUACCUCGGGAUAUCCCUAAGGAUUUAAGAGGAACCCUCUAUACGAAUAUUUAUUCGCUUGAGGUGGUGAUACCAACCAUCUUGACCUUCAACGAGAACCUACGAUAUCUUACAAUAGGCCUUAAGAUUCUGGAAAGACAUAUUGAGGUGAAACCACCAAAAGAACAUCAAAAGGCCAGGUCCAAGGCAUAUAUACUCCAGCCACCUGACAGUAUAUACGAUAAUCUAGAAGCGGACUGGAAUCGCAACCAGGCUUAUUCCGGGUUUGAAGUCUCGAAUAAGGGAAAGUUCUGGACUGCGUCACAACCACCCUCAGCACCUCAUGCAUUCGUAGGGCUCCUACUUUCGGCCCUGAGGAACUUUCCUUGUCUAGGCUCAGAACCUCCACGUAUCCUCAUAGGGGGAUUUGAAACAGUGCCGAAAAUUGCCCUCAACCUCUUAUUUAAAGCCAUUUCGCCAAGGCUUAUUUGA